GCCCAGGGAGAAUUGUGGGUCAUCAAUGGAGAGACGAAGGAAAGAACGUCAUCUGUUUGUAAUGACUAGCGACCUAAUUUAACUCAUCAUUUUGCCAAAAAUACAGCCAUUCUCACAGCUAAUGAACCUCUAAACCAUAACACUUCAAAGAGUUAUUGGUGUGGUGUCAAAAAUGUACGAACAACUCCCUGUUCGGAACCGGGAACUGUUUAAGGGAGAAUUGGUCGUGUAGAAGCUAAACCUUGAUUGCAUUAGCUUGCCCGCUAGCUAUAACAUUACUUCUGGUUGGCGAGCUCAUGUAAAGGUAUCUUCAUCUACUUGCACGAAUAUAACACAUCCAGUUGAAGUUGUGAAAAUACCUCCGGUGGCCAGGGGAGAGGGAAGAUAUAACUUCAUCCUGAAAACGUAAACGCGGCACCCUGAGCCAAUGGGGGCGUUCCUGGACAAGCCGAAGACGGAGAAGCACAACGCGCACGGCGAGGGCAACGGCCUGCGCUUCGGCCUGAGCAGCAUGCAGGGCUGGCGGGUAGAGAUGGAAGACGCGCACACGGCCGCCCUGGGCCUGCCCCACGGCCUGGACGACUGGUCCUUCUUCGGCGUCUACGACGGGCACGCGGGCUCGCGCGUCGCCAACUACUGCGCCAAGCACAUCCUGGAACACAUCGUGACGGGCGCCGGAGGGGCCGAGGAGCUGCGCAGGGCCGGGGGAGGUCCGACGCCAACGUCCUCCGGCGGACCCCCAGCCGCGCCGCCUGAGCCGGCCUCGAUCGACGCGGUGAAGAACGGCAUCCGGGCGGGCUUCCUGGCGAUCGACGAGCACAUGCGCAGCUUCACCGAUCUGCGCAAUGGCAUGGACCGCAGCGGCUCGACGGCGGUCGGCGUGCUAGUCUCGCCCGCGCACCUCUACUUCAUCAACUGCGGCGACUCGCGAGCUCUGCUCUGCCGCCGCGGGCGCGUCUGCUUCUCUACGCUCGACCACAAGCCGUACAACCCACACGAGAAAGAGCGCAUCCAGAACGCCGGCGGCUCCGUCAUGAUCCAGCGGGUCAACGGCUCGCUGGCCGUCUCGCGCGCCCUCGGCGACUACGACUACAAGUGCGUGGACGGCAAGGGCCCCACGGAACAGCUGGUGUCCCCCGAGCCCGAGGUGUUUGAGAUCGCGCGCGCCCCGGAGGACGAGUUUGUGGUGCUCGCCUGCGACGGGAUCUGGGAUGUCAUGAGCAACGAGGAACUGUGCGAGUUUGUGCGCUCACGCCUUGAGGUCACCGCCGACCUGGAGCGUGUGUGUAACGAGCUGUUGGACACCUGCCUGCAGAAGGGCAGUAGGGACAACAUGAGCGUUGUUCUUGUGUGUUUACCCAACUCACCCAAAGUGUCAGAUGCGGCUGUGAGGAGAGACGCCGAGCUGGACAAGCUUCUGGAGUCUCGUGUGGAAGAGAUUAUUGAGAAGGCGGGAGAGGAGGGCAUUCCCGAUCUGGGGCAUGUCAUGAGAAUUCUCUACUUAGAAAAUAUUCCCAACCUCCCACCAGGGGGAGGCCUCGCCAGCAAACACGGUGUUAUUGAAGCAGUGUACACUCGGCUGAAUCCGCACAGGGAAGAGGACGGGAAUGGAGCAGACCUGGAGGACCCCUGGUAGCUGUCCAGAGUGAUUACCUGUCUCCCUCCCCCCACCCCCAGGACUUCUUUUUACAGAAGACAUCUUUGCCUCACCUUCUGUCUUGUUUUCUGUUUUUUAUGAUACCAAGAGAUCAAUUGGACCAGAUAUAAAACAUUCAACAUUUUUUGUUAUUCUUUUUCUUUGAAACACAACACACAAUCCAAAGGAUUGCAACACUUUGGGAAUCCCAAUCCCAAAGGAACUUUGGUGUUUUUUGAAAACUCUUGUUCGUGAAUAAGAAAACACACACACACACACACAGAGACACAGAUACACACACACACACAGAUACACAUAGCACACCAUAGGAAGACAGUAAAAUCCUUUUUUUACUGCAGUUUUUUUCUGUUGUAAUUGUUCUCCUCCCGUGGUUACUGUUGCCGUUGGUUUUCUGUUGUUUUUGAAUAUUGAUGAUGAUGAGGAUGAUUAUGAUUAUGAUGAGGACAUUUGUGAUAAAAAUGAUCGUAUAGACACUGGGCCUGAUGCAAGCUGUCUGUGGUGCCUUCUCUAUAAUGACUGGGUUGAGCCAACCAAUUGGGGCCAUGCCCCUUUGCCCCCUAAAAUACGUGGUUUGGACGGGGGGGGUGGGGUGUCUCCUCCUAGUAUACCCUCCAACCACCACCACCACCCAUCCCCACCAGGGUUGUGGAUUUAGGUGGAGGCUUGGACUGACCCCCACACCACCCUGCCAGCCUCACUCCUGGAAUCACAUGGGCUUGCGAGUGAGUGACGGGCGUUGCGUUGUGUGCGUUGGUGAAUAUGACUGGCAGAAUUUAACCUGCCAUGUUUGGGGUUGAUUACUGCGUGCUGUGAUUUGCGCCCCCCCACACACACACACACACACAUUCACCCCCUACCCCCAGUGCACCCCCUCCCCACCCCACCCGUAACAGACAUUUAAAAAAAGAGAAGUGAACUUUUUGGUUUGUUUUUUUUUCCACCCGCAUACACACUGCCUCAGCUUGCUAAGGUUUCACGGCCUCUUUUCCUACUUGUGUGUGUCAUUAAGCUUUUUAAUCCUGCUGGUUAAGAGAAGAUAGAACAUAUGAAUUUAUAUAUAUAUAUAUAUAUAUAUAUAUAUAUAAAACAAUAUAUAUAUUUUUAAGUUACCAGUUUUUGAUUUCCUGUUCUGUUUGAUCUCUUCUACGAUGACUGACGUGGCCUACUGUGUGUAAAGGAAGUGAGUUUAUAUGUGAGUGUGUGUGUCAGAGAGAGAGAGACUGUUGGUAGGUGAUUGUGUGAGUGUGUGUGUAUGUGUAGUGUGUGGGUAAUUUCUCUCUCUCUCUCUCUCUCUCUCUCUCUCUCUCUCUCUCUCUCUCUCUCUCUCUCUCUCUCUCUCUCUCUCUCUGUGUGUGAGUGAAAUGGAGUGCAAACCUGCCGCUCGGGAACUAUGGGUAUGUUGUGCUAGAAGGGCCCGUGGAAGCCCUGCUAAGCCACACUCAUUUCCAAUGCCUCUUCUCUCUCCCUCCCUCCAUCUCUCUCUCUGUCCUCUUUAGCUUCCCUUACAAUGCAGAAAUGGACUCUUGCAACAACCUGCCUUCAUUAUUUUCUCUUUGCUCAGAGUAUAUUGUAAAACUGUGUGAUUUCUUUGUUUCCUUGUUUUUUUUUUUUGUUUGUUUUUGUUUUGGUUAGCCAGGCUAAAUAAGUAAUAGCUUUACAAUGAAUUCACUUCUAUUUCCAGAUGCAGCAUUGUCAUGUAACCUUGAAUGUUCAGAUGCGUUUUUCAGCUCUUUGCAGCUCUCAGUGACACCACACCGAAAUCAUGAGUAACAUGAAUACAAAAAACAGCAACGGAAAAUACAAAGCUAUGAACCUCUGCUGAAAAAAAUAAAGAUUUAGUGAAACCUG